AUGUCGCUCGGCUCAAUGGCUCAGAUCGAUAUUGAACCCAACCCAAAUCUCCCUUCGAACAUAUAUAUUCGUCCACCACUCCCACCUACUUGUGUCGAUACUUCUCAUGACGACUGCGUCAAAUUGACUCGUCUUCAAAAUAAGCUUGAUCAUCUUCAAGUCAUGGAGGAUUACAUUAAACUUGAGACAAGAAAUCUCGAAAGAGAACUGCUUCACGCACAGGAAGAGGUGAAACGUAUUCAAGCGGUGCCGCUGGUUAUCGGUCAAUUCCUGGAGGCCGUCGAUAAUGAUCAUGCGAUCGUCGGCAGUACAACAGGAUCCAACUACUUUGUCCGAGUUCUCUCCACUCUUGAUCGUGAGCUAUUGAAGCCAGGAUGCUCGGUUUCUCUUCACAAAUACUCGAAUGCUCUGGUCGAUGUGCUCCCGCCAGAGGCCGACAGCUCCAUUCAAAUGCUCCGUCCUGAUGAGAAGCCAGAUGUCUCAUAUUCGGAUAUCGGAGGUCUCGAUAUGCAGAAACAGGAAGUUCGAGAGGCCGUUGAGCUUCCACUGACUCACGGAGAACUUUAUCAACAAAUCGGAAUCGAUCCCCCAAGAGGAGUUCUCAUGUACGGACCACCGGGAUGUGGAAAGACUAUGCUUGCGAAGGCAGUCGCUGCGAACACCGCUGCAUCGUUCAUCCGUGUCGUCGGUUCGGAAUUCGUUCAGAAGUAUCUUGGAGAAGGACCACGAAUGGUGCGUGAUGUGUUCCGUCUGGCCAAAGAGAACAGCCCGUCGAUCAUCUUUAUCGACGAAAUCGAUGCCAUUGCCACAAAACGGUUCGACGCGCAAACUGGAGCUGAUCGUGAGGUCCAACGUAUUCUUCUCGAAUUACUCAAUCAAAUGGAUGGUUUCGACCAGAGCACCAAUAUCAAAGUGAUCAUGGCCACCAAUCGACAGGACACUCUCGAUCCCGCUCUUCUCCGUCCUGGACGUCUCGACCGAAAAAUCGAGUUCCCAUUGCCGGAUCGUCGUCAAAAACGUCUCGUUUUCUCCACCGUAUGUGGUCGUAUGAAUCUCUCCGAUGACGUUGAUUUGGAAGAUUGGGUCGCUCGACCAGACAAGAUUUCUGGAGCUGACAUCAACGCGAUCUGUCAAGAAGCUGGCAUGCAAGCUGUUCGCGAGAACCGCUACGUUGUGCUCACGAAGGAUUUGGAGAAGGCUUAUAAGAAUGUCGUCAAAAAGGACACCAACGAGUUUGAUUUCUACAAGUAA